AUGAGUAUAGAAAUUCCUGAAGGACUGACGGAGCUGUUACAGAGCUUUACCGUGGAAGUUUUGAGGAAUCAGCCCAGGGAUUUGCUCGAGUUUGCAUUACAGUACUUCACCCAGCUGAAGGACAGUGAGACCAAAGAGGCCUCAUUUGGCAAUGACCAAAAUUCGGCCCCAAGACCUGGAAAAGCGGUCAAUUUCAUUGACGAAGCCAUGCAGAUCGAUUCGGAAAACGGAGAGGAGGAGGACGACGAUGACGAGGAAUUCGUAGCCCCGGUAAUAAACAGAUUCAUCAGAAGAGCAUCAGUGUGUGCUGAAGCAUUCAAUCCUGAUGAAGAUGAGGAGGAUAAAGAGCCAUGGGUCACCCACCCAAAAACCGAUGAGCAGAGACAGAGGCUACAGGAAGCAUGUAGGGACAUUCUUCUGUUUAAGAAUUUGGAUCCGGAAGAGAUGUCUCAGGUGCUGGAUGCAAUGUUUGAGAAAUUCUGCACAGAAGGGGAGCAUAUCAUUGAUCAAGAUGAUGAUGGGGACAAUUUUUAUGUCAUUGAAAGUGGGACGUUUAACAUCUUUGUGAAGGUUGAUGGCAUAGAGAAGCUGGUUGGCUGCUAUGACAACAGAGGCAGCUUUGGAGAACUAGCGCUGAUGUACAACACCCCCAGGGCAGCCACAAUAAUCGCCAUGUCGCCUGGAGCCCUUUGGUGCCUAGAUCGUCUGACAUUCAGGAGGAUCAUAGUGAAGAACAAUGCCAAGAAGAGGAAGAUGUAUGAGGCAUUCAUUGAAACUCUACCACUGCUUACAUCAUUGGAGCUCUCAGAGAGAAUGAAGGUUGUGGACGUGCUAUCCACCAAGGUGUACAAUGAUUCACAGCAGAUUAUUGCUCAGGGUGAUUUAGCAGAUUGCUUCUACAUUGUCGAGUCUGGCCAAGUUAGAAUCACCAUGAAAAGAAGCAGGACGAAAAAAGACCAGGAGGAAGAGGAGGUGGAUAUUGCCACAUGCUCUAGGGGCCAGUAUUUUGGGGAGUUGGCGCUUGUCACAAACAAGCCCAGAGCUGCAUCGGCAUAUGCUGUGGGGAGUGUCAAAUGCUUGGUCAUGGAUGUUAAAGCCUUUGAGAGGUUGCUGGGCCCGUGCAUGGACAUCAUGAAGAGAAACAUUGCUAACUAUGAGGAGCAGCUGGUCACCCUGUUUGGAAGUAGCCCUGAGAUUGAGCAACAAAGUGCAAGAGAUGGCUCCAAUGGACCAUGAAUCAGUGGAUGGAAAAAAAAAGGCUUGUAUGGAUGUUUUUCCCCAUAACCACUUAAACGUCUUUUCCUACAAGAAAUGUGAAUACCCUCUACAAUAUUUGUGUAUCAGAUAAAUAAAAACAGACACGUCAGAUUCCCAUAUGAGGCAAGGUUCAUUUCAGCAGUUUGCCACAGAGUGUUAUGACUAAAGUAAGCCAAAGCAGAGUUGCUUAAAGCUUGUUUAAAUUAGACUCUCACCUUAAAAAUGUAGUGUACAUUAUUUUACUUGUCAGUGUCAGAUGCAUUAUUUGUUUGCACACUUAACACUUCUGUUAACUCUCACCUAAUGUCCACAGUGUCAUAGUUACACCUACAGUAUAAUAUUGUUUGUAAAUUUCUAAACAUUGUUUGUUAAAACCAGAUGCCAAAGCUAAUUUCUUACUGGAUAAUUGUGAGCAAAUAUGUCACAUUCUCUUGUCAUUGUUUUGGCAAGAGCACUAACACUGGCAGCAUGAGGUGCACUGGUACGAGUGCCCCAACAUGACAAAGGAUAAACAAUGUGUAAAGGAAACUAAUUUGAUUCUGUAUUUGAAUAACAUCUUUCACAUUUUGAUCACAACAGAAUGUAGAUUUGGCAGUACUUUAACAUUUUUACAAAAUCCAUUUUUGUUUAUCAUAAGAUUUACUCCUUGAAUACGUGUUCAUGAACUGUAUAUCAUUGUUGGUAAGUGUCUGUGGCUGUUAGCCUAAUACUAUGCUUUUGCAACAAAAAAAAAGGAAAAAAAAACUUCAGAGAGAUAGCUGAUAGUUUUGUAAGAAUAUACAACACAUUGCCGUACAAUUUGAAAAUGAGUAUUUACUGUUAUUAUAUAGGCCCACUUUUAAUUUAAUAAGUUGCCCCACUAGAUUGUAGUCAUUAUAGGUAAUGUCUUGAGACAAUUGAUUUUCCUGUGUUUUAAUGUCAAAUUUAAGUCACACUGUUCUGUGUUGGUGAAACAUAUAUUAUGACUAUGGCAUCCAUUAAUUGCUGUCUACCUCUGCCAACAAAUUAUACUGUUUGAAAACACAUAUUCUGAUGUUCCCUCUCAACAGGAAUCUAAAGUAGAUCCUCUCUCUCUCUCUCUCUCUCUCUCUCUCUCUCUCUCUCUCUCUCUGUCACUUCUCUCUCAUUUUAAAAUUAUUAAUUGGAAGUCUUCUGUAUUUUGUCUGUGGUUUACUGCAGCUUAAAAUGUUUAAAGCUGG